AGAAGGUAGAAUGUUGGUGAACAUUCAACUCAGCCAAGUACAAGGGUGGGGUUUAGCUUCCCCAAACAGCAAGCCUGUCUUACCUCCGGAACAGUUACUCCAUUGCAGGAGCUGGUUGGCUGGGUUCUGCUGAAAUGGGGGGGGCUGCUUGGGGGGCUCUCUGGGCCAGCUUCUCGCUCUUUGCCCUUCUGGGGCCUGUUUGGAGUGGGCGGCAAAUGGAUAAACUGGCAGACAAGAAGCUUUGUGCAGACGCUGAAUGCAACCAUCCCAUUUCUAUUGCGGUGGCCCUUCAGGACUACGUGGCCCCCGACUGCCGGUUCAUUCACAUCCAGAGAGGCCAAGUGGUGUACGUCUUCUCGAAGCUGAAGGGCCGCGGACGACUCUUCUGGGGGGGAAGCGUGCAGGGCGACUAUUAUGGGGAGCAACCGGCCCGCCUGGGCUACUUCCCCAGUGCUGUGGUCCAGGAAAACCAGUAUCUGAAGCCAGGCAAGAUAGCGCUGAAAACAGACAAAUGGGACUUCUAUUGCCAGUGAUGCCAGGGGCCCAGCGCCUGCGCCAGAGGGCACAAGUCGUGCCACGUGCUUGGAAGCUCAGCCUUGCCCCUGAGCCGUCCGGAGCCAAGCAGAAUUGUUCUUCCGGCUGUCCUUGCUGCCGCCUGUGAUGCUCUCCCUCUCCAGCCUAGAUACCUGCCUGGUCCAAGACAAUACCUACCCUGUCGGAAAAUAAAG